AUGUCAGGGGAUGAUAAUAGCCUGGACGGACGAGAGAGUAUUGCAAGUUCCAUUGGACAGCGUCCACAAGACCGCAGUCUAGAGUCCGACGGCACAACUAGCGAGACCGGGGGCGACCACGGAAGUGACGUCAGCAUGGAGAAACUCGACACUUCCGAGCGCGACCUUUACGAGAAGCUACGUCGACAGCAAAAGGAGGAACGUGAUUUAAAGACACACGACGGCCUUCUGGCUGGAAUGAAGCGACACAAUGAUGUCAGGAUGUUCCGUCCCGGCACCGACGAUUUGGGACAGGACCUUCGAGUGAACAAAAGUGAGCGAGAAAAAAUAGAUCGUGAACGCGAGGACUAUAAAUCUCUUAGAGAAAACGUGCUGAAGGGAUAUACGUCGCCGGCGAUGAAUAUAUACAAUCACCCGGCGUACCUGGCGGCAAUGUCGGCUGCGACUGCCCAGUACCCGAGGUCACACUCACCCGAGAGCGAGACCUCUGCCAGCCCGCCCCUCGGGGAUGGACCCUCGCAUCACUGGACAUUCGAGGAACAAUUUAAACAGUUGUACGAAAUCAGCGAAGAUCCCAAGCGCAAAGAGUUUCUUGACGACCUAUUCCAGUUCAUGCAAAAACGAGGUUCACCGGUGAACCGUAUCCCGAUCAUGGCGAAGCAGACGUUGGAUCUGUACGAGCUGUUCAAGCUGGUGGUGUCGAAGGGCGGGCUGGUGGAGGUGAUCAACAAGAAGUUGUGGCGCGAGAUCACCAAGGGUCUCAACCUCCCAUCCUCCAUCACGAGCGCGGCCUUCACCCUCCGAACACAGUACAUGAAAUACCUCUACCCAUACGAGUGUGAGAAGCUACACCUCAGCUCCCCUCAGGAGCUCCAGGCCGCAAUCGACGGCAACCGGCGGGAGGGGCGGCGCUCCGGGUAUGGUUACGACCUGUCCCCUGGGCCCACCCUCAUCCCCACCUCCCACCCUCAUCCGCACUUCAAUGGGCUCAUGAACGGCAAGUUCAACGGAGCCAACGGAGAUCGCAGAUCACCUAUAACCAGUUUGAGACAAUUCUGGCAAAUGCAAGCACAGCAACAAUUAUGUGAAGAUGACAGCCUCCCCCCAACCCCCACCCACCGAAGUCUCUCUGAACGCUACGCUGAAAGGGACGCGCUCGCCAUGGAGGCGGCCUCGCGGGCCAUGGAGGAAGCCACGCGAAAAAUGGAGGAGGCGUCGCGCGCAGCCGCAAUGGCAGCGGAAGAGCCUCCCCGAAAGCGUCUCAUGACAGAGGAAGACAGAAUAAUGCCACACCCCGCCAUGCCCACUGCGCAUUUAAAGAUAACCAGUCGAAAUGACGGAAGAACUGAAAUAGACAAUUCCUUAGUGAUUUCGAUGGAAAUAAAUGGCAUCAUGUACCAAGGUGUAUUAUUCGCACAUCAAGCAUCGCGGAGAAUGUGAAAACAUUAUUAAAGACAACAUUUUAGGUUGUGGAUUUUAGACGGCGCACAAGCGCGAACUAUAAGGGUGCAUGCGUUAAACCGGACGCCUCUGAGCACGUGGAUUGCUUGUUCAGUUGCGGGUUGCCGAACGGUAUGGAGAGAAAAGGCUUUAAAAUACGAGAGAACAAACCGUUGGGUCCCACUACACUCUGUGCUACAAAGGCUAGUGCUGAAGUGACCAUUCAUAGAAUAGAGGAAGCACGCACACCUGGACACACUGUCCAAUGGACACAGUGCACUUCUGUCGAGUCGGAUGGUGGACAGAAUUUCAGAACAUGACUUAUUUAUCAAUUGUUAUAGAUGUUGUUUAACUUGUUAUUCGUUUGGUGAUAAAAUGUAGACAAAUUUGUAUAUGAUCACACAUUGUUUAGAACUAUUGUGUACUAGUUCGAAAUAGGAGAUUGCAGAUUUAAGGUAUACAAUUCAUAUUAUUCACUGAUAAAACGCAAGGAUAUCAUAAGGAUGUUAUACCUCAUUGGUGUUUGCAUAUCAGACAUCGCAUCAUUCGCCGUGGUUGUUGUUAGUUAGGCAUACAAUUUAUCUUAACCCUUUCCCACUCAGAAACAAAGUGAAAAUGGCUUUUGCAACCAGCAAAAAACCAGAACAGCCUGCGAGUAACUCGCAGUUUGUUAAGGUUUUAUGCUUUUUGCUGCUCAGCAGUAUCUAAGGGUUGGAAAUGAAGCCUUUAAAACUUGAAUAUUGUAGAAUGGUAUUGAAUUAAAUGUAACUUUUUAUGGGACUACACUUGUGUCAAAAUACGUUUAUAAGUGGGAAAGGGUAAAUAAAGCACGGACCAAA